AUGUCUAGACGCUACGAUUCUAGGGUUGGAUUAUACUCCUCCACUGUUUCCUUUGCUAUUGAUCACUAUCGAGGCUGACUAACCUACCUGGCUAGACAACUAUCUUCUCCCCCGAGGGUCGCCUUUACCAGGUGGAAUAUGCUCUAGAAGCCAUUUCUCAUGCCGGAACCGCUCUAGGAGUCUUGGCGAAAGAUGGAAUUGUUCUUGCUGCAGAGAGGAAGGUUACAAGCAAGCUGUUGGAACAGGAUACAAGUGCGGAGAAGCUGUAUAUCUUGAACGAGUCAGUAACUGAACUUCUCCUCCUUGUCUAUCAUCCACCGGAUCUAUUUUGGGACUAUUGGGAAGGCUAGAAGCUAACAGCGAGAUGGGUUCGCACGGAUACAGCAACAUGAUCUGCGCAGUAGCUGGAAUGACCGCAGAUGCAAACAUUUUGAUUAACUACGCCCGACAAGCUGCACAGAACUACCUUCUCACCUAUAACGAAGAUAUCCCGUGCGAGCAGCUUGUUAGGAGGUUAUGUGAUCUGAAGCAAGGCUACACCCAACAUGGAGGUAAGCCAGCUCCAACAAACAAAAACAACACAACCGCGCAGGGGUGGAUAAAUAGAUACGAGAAAAAACCCCGCCCCCACAUUCGAUACUGAUGUUUUUCUUUUUAUUUUCCAAUGUAGGUCUCCGCCCGUUCGGCGUCUCUUUCAUCUACGCGGGUUACGAUUCACAACGUGAAUUCCAGCUCUACCAAUCCAAUCCUUCCGGAAAUUACGGUGGUUGGAAAGCCACCUCUGUCGGCGCCAAUAAUGCCUCUGCCCAGAGUCUAUUGAAGCAAGAUUACAAGGAGGAUUGCGAUCUGAAGGAAGCUUGUGCAAUUGCUGUCAAAGUGCUGAGCAAGACAAUGGACAGCACUACCUUGAGUAACGAGAAGAGUACGUUUCCAGCCUUUCUCCGUGCCUUCGUGGGAGUGGCACUUGCCUUCAUAAUUGCGUGUCGGAGCUCGGGUGCUAAUGAUACCCUCCUUGAUAACAGUCGAGUUUGCAACGGUUGGCAAGACAGAGGGUGGGAAGGUGUAUCAUCACCUGUGGAGCGCGGAGGAGAUACAGUCCCUGCUUCGGGAGCAUGGCCUGGCGAAGGAGGAGACGGAUGACUAGAAGGGUAGAAAGUUUAUUUAGAAACAGAAGCCAAGGGAGUUCCCGAGUA